UGUGAAAACUGAAUUGUUAUGAUAAAUUAUCACGUUAUAUUUUCUAGAAGUAGAGUUUAGAGCCACUCAUUUCGCUACACAUUUCACCCAAACAAGCUCCUCAACGGAUAAUUUCAAUUUUCAAUUGAUCAAAGUUUUUGAAGCGAAAUAGAGAAAUGCCGACGUUGAAUUUGUUCACGAAUGUUCCAGUUGAUGGUGUGGUUGCUUCUGAUAUUCUCAAAGAUGCCACUAAAGCUGUUGCCAAGAUCAUCGGCAAGCCAGAAUCUUAUGUGAUGGUGCUAGUGAAUGGAGGGGUGCCGAUUUCAUUCGGUGGGACGGAGGAGCCUGCUGCGUAUGGCGAAUUGAUCUCCAUUGGAGGUCUUGGCCCCACUGUCAAUGCCAAACUUAGUUCAACCAUAGCAGAGAUUAUUCAGACCAAGCUUUCCAUUGACAGCUCCCGCUUUUAUGUCAAGUUCUAUGAUGUUCAGCGUUCUUUCUUUGGCUUCAAUGGCUCAACCUUUUGACCCGAGCAUGACUUGUCCGAGGUGAUCGAUGGAAAGCUUGAAGUCUAGUUCAAGCAGCCAUGGUGAUCUUGUGGAAGCUGUAAUAUCACAUAACCAUCUGUGUUAUCUUUUUCUAUUUAUCAUGGUGAAAGUUCGAUACUCAAUUUUUUUACUGGUUUUUUCACCUUUGAUCUGUCAAAUUCUCAAAAAUUUGUCCUGUCCAAUAACAUUUUUUCGAUUCA